AUGGCCGAAAAUAGCGUAGAAACUGUGAACAGUGUUGAAGAAACUCCCGAUGAAAACCAGACCGCGAUGACCCAGAUAAAAAGCCCAAUCGAUUCGAACCUUUUUCCCCCUGCUAGUAGUAGUAUGUGCGCUGGUAGUGGUACUGAGGAUGAUGCAGCUCGGAGCCACGCUCAGCCUGCUGAGAGCUCCCAACAGAGGUUACGUCCCUCCGGAUGGUACGAAAAGAACUUGAGAAAAGAGAAGGCAGGGUUGAAGUCUGCUUUUACCAGGGCCAGGCGGCAGUUGACAGAGUUAAUUUCAGAUAGUGACACAUUGUUUGCAGAUAGUCAGUUUAUACAGGCAGCAACUAGAAAAGUUGAUGAAGCACAGGAAAGAGCUAUGGGCAAUAUGAGUUCACUGGCUGAUUUGUAUGCGUCUCAAAAUAGAUUCGAAGACUUUGAUAAAGUCACAGCUGAAAUGGAGAAGAUAGAAGAAGAAUUUGCUGAUUCUCAGAAUGCAGCUGAACAGUAUUUCGCAGAAAGAAGAGAAAAGUCGUCAAGCAGUAGAUCGACACCUAGCAUAAUAAGGAAUUGGGAUUCACUUGCGAAUGUUCACCGAUCCCAACAAUUUGGAUCGGCCAUAGAAAUGAUAGAGGAACAUGAAGAAUCGCGCAGAGGCCUACCUGAACCCGAAGAUAGGUCAAAAGACGUCACGACAACAGAAGCUGAUCGCACACCUGACAAGCCUGAUGGUCGCACACUAGAUGAUGUUGGGGUACAACAACCAGCAGUUGUCAUAGACCAUGGUGAGAUAGCCAUGGGUGAGAUUACCAUUGGUGAUAAAGGCCCUGGUGAGAUUGCCAUGGGUGAAAACAAGCCUCGCGGCGGAAAUGCUGCAGCUCAAGUGGAAGACAAAGGCCCUGGUGAGAUUGCCAUGGGUGUGCCUGCCAUGGAUGACAGCAAGCCUAGAGGCGGUGAUGGUUCAACUUUAAUUGGUGAUCAAGGGAGAAGCGAUGUCGCUACUGGUACUACAGCCCCUCCACAGCAGAAGAAAGUCGGUCCAGCAGUAACAGUCGUUAAGCAGAAACAGACAACAGAUGAAGAAGCAAGACACAGAAACAGACAAGUGGAGGGUCCUAAGAAGGUCCAGUUUUAUAGUCCAGCCGCGCCUAUUGAUAAUCGUCAGGUUAAGCCUACCCGUCCACCGGAGCCAAUCCAAAAUCAUCCUGUUGCGCAAAAUCGUUUGGUUGCGCCUACUGGAAAUGCUAACGUUGAGCUUUCCCACAGCACUCAAGGUGCAGUGCCUGCAGUUAAUUGCAGUCAGCCGAGUAAGGACAAGAGCCCACUCCGAUUCCAAGGAAAACAGAUUGAUAGCAUUCCAGCAUAUUCGCCCAACAGUUAUGGAGCAAAUAGUCAGCCUACCCGUAUGCCUAACACGAUUAAAGCUGACUGGUCACAACCAUACAACACUAUACAAUAUUAUGGCGCAGGGGGCCAAGAACCAAGAUACCAGCAGUUCACACAGGACAACAACAUUGGUCAGCCUUCAAUGCUUGAGAAGGACAUGUGGCGACAGCUGAAGAGAGUUUCCAUACCGGUGUUUUCCGGAGACCUGAAGUCUUAUGAAAGUUGGAAAGCAGCCUUUGUAGCAUGCAUCGACAAGGCACCAGCCACUGCAGAAUUCAAGCUUUUGCAUUUGAGGGAGCAUCUGAGAGGUGAAGCGUUGAAAGUGAUUGAAAAUCUUGGGCAUUCAGCAACAGCAUAUCAAGCGGCAAAGGAUAGAUUGGAUCGGAAAUAUGGUGGAUAUAGGAGACAGGUGGCGCUUCACUUCGAGGAAAUCCACAACUUUCGUCCAAUACGACCUGGAAAGCUGAAAGAAGAUGUAGAAAAGUUCGCUGAUUUGUUGGACCUUACAGUCAUAAACCUAAAAGAGUCCGGCCUUUACAGUGACCUCGACAGUCGUCUGUUGUACUCUGUUCUGAUGAAGAAAAUGACUGAAAAGAUGGUUGCCGAGUAUCAUCGUUGGCUAGAUGACUACCAGUAUAAGGAAUCGAUUGAAGUUCUUCAUGCCUGGAUCAUAAAGGAAGCACAAGUCCGAAUUGUAGCUCAUGAAGCUGUUCGUGGGUUUGCCGAUGGUACAGGAUAUGAUAGAAAGAAUGGACAAAUCACAGAUGACGACAGGAGGCACCGAUCAGAUGAUAACUACAAGAAGAAAAAGAGCUUUUUCACAUCCGGGUCAGCAGGAGCAGCAAAACCAGAAUUUAAAAGGGACUGUCCUCUUUCAUCAUGCCAAGAGCAACAUGGCAUAUGGAGUUGCGACAAGUUUAAAGGACUUGAGAUUGACAAGAGAUGGGAUAUGGCGAAGGAGCUAAAACUUUGCUAUAGAUGUCUGGCUAACAGUAAUCACCGUGGUGUUGACUGCAAACGUAGUCGUGUGUGCGGAAUCGAAGGAUGUAAAGAAACACACAAUCGCUUACUGCAUCGAUCCCCAUUGCCAAAAGAAAGUCUUUCAGCCACGAAAGGGGAGAAUAAGAAAGAGAAAAGGCCUGCAGCAAGUGGUGAGAAACCUAGAAGCCAAAACUAUGGAAGUCUUACAACCACAUCUGAUGACAAAGAAGAGUCUGAAUACAUCGCUCUCCGCACUGUUCCAGUAAUUGUGAAGAACGGGAGGAAACGUUUGAAAAUCAACGUACUGUUAGAUGAUGGAAGUACGACAACCUAUAUCAACACAGAAGUGGCUGAAGAGUUGGGACUUAAAGGAGAAGUAAUGAAGACCACAGUCAGCGUGCUCAAUGGAAUGGUAGAAUCUUUCGAGACCACACCUGUUGAGGUUGGAUUAGAGAGUUUGGACAAGCGAAUCGAUAUGAUGAUCACUGCAAGAACUACCGAUAAUGUCACCGGAGAUAUGAAAGCCAUCGACUGGAGAGAUUAUGCGGAUAAGUUUGAACAUCUGAAAGACAUUGCAUUCCCGAAACACGGAAAGAGAGAAACCAUAGAUAUGUUGAUCGGCGUUGACUACCCGGAGUUACACUUCUCACUAAAAGAGGUUGCAGGAAAGGAUGGCGGGCCAAUUGCCAGAAAGACUAGACUUGGAUGGACAUGUGUAGGGUGUCCACAAAAAGAGAUGAAGAAAGAGAGGAAUUUCUUUGUUAAUCGGAAGAAUACUCUCUUAGAGGAGAUUAAUGCUACCAUGAAGCAGUUUUGGGAGAUAGACAGCUCAGGAGCCAAAACCGAGAACCAUGGAAGUAGUCACAUGUCACUGGAGGACAAAGCAGUUUGCACAGUGAUACAGAAGGAGAUGGUGUAUAAGGACAACCGUUAUGAAGUUCCAUUGCCAUGGAGAGAAGGCAGACCUGAACUGCCCGAUAAUAGUCAGAUGGCGGUGCAGAGACUUGCAAGCACGGAACGAAGAUUGCUACGUGAGCCAGAAGUUGCGAAGGCUUACACCGCUACCAUCAAGCAGUAUCUUGAGAAGAACUACGUACGCAAGGUUCCACCAGCUGAAGAGCAGCCACCGUCAAAGUGGUACUUACCGCAUUUCCCAGUUGUCAGGCCUGACAAGUCUACAACGAAAACCCGCAUCGUAUUUGACGCUUCUGCCGAGUUUGAAGGAGUAUCGUUAAAUGACACACUUCAUCAGGGUCCUAAGUUGCAGAAAGACCUAGUCGAUGUCUUACUACGAUUUAGAAAAGAGCCAGUUGCUCUCGUCGGAGAUAUUCAACAGAUGUACCUGCAACUAGAAGUUGAAGCCAAGGAUAGACCUUUCCAGCGGUUCCUAUGGAGAGAUCUAGACACAACCAGAGCCCCAGAAGAAUAUGAGUUCAACAGAGUGGUGUUUGGAAUCAAUUCGUCGCCGUUCCUCGCACAGUUCGUCGCCCAAGAGCAUGCCAAACGCCAUAGAUCAAUCUUCCCUUUAGCCUCGGACACCAUACUCAAGUCGACUUUCAUGGAUGACUCGAUGGAUUCUGUACUGAACGAUACAGAGGGUGUGAAGCUGUAUCAUGAGUUGGAUGAACUCUGGCACAAGGCUGGGAUGUACUGCAGAAAAUGGCUGUCGAACUCCUUAACCGUGUUAGCUGAGAUUCCAGAAGAAGACAGGGCAGCUGAAAUAAGUUUAGACGAAGGGGAGCUUCCUUCCACGAAGACUCUUGGUGUUCUCUGGCAGGCGAAAGAAGAUCAGUUCAGCUUCACUGCCACACCAGUCGAAGACAACUUCACCUUAACUAAGAGGACAUUCCUGCAAAAGUUGGCCAAAGUCUUUGACCCAAUGGGUUUCAUAUCGCCCUACAUCAUACGCGGAAAGAUACUUAUGCAAGAGAUUUGGACGACUGGUGUUGGAUGGGACGAUAGGAAUCUUGGAUGCCUUGAGCAGAAGGCACAGUGCUGGUUUGAUGAUCUUCGAGAUUUAGGACUCAUAAAGAUCCCGAGAUGCCUCAGACUGGAUUCAACUGAGAAGCUGUUGAGCAUCGAAGUCCAUGCAUUCUCUGAUGCGUCGCAGGAUGCUUAUGGUGCUGUACUUUAUGAGAGAACAACCUACGAGGGAGGACUGAUCAUAUCACAUUUUAUAGUUUCGAAGACUAGAGUUGCCCCGUUGGCUGCAACCAGCAUUCCGAGACUUGAGCUGAUGGGAGCGACACUCGCCUUGCAUUUGACUAUGUCCGUAAUCGCAGCCUUGCAGCUACCAAUGCAGGACGUAACCUUUUGGAGCGAUAGUGCUAAUGUUCUGUGGUGGAUUAGGGGUAGGAGCAGACAGUUUAAACCGUUUGUCGCACACCGUAUCGGAGAGAUACAGACUCAGACCUGCCCAGAUCAGUGGAAGCACGUGCCAACAAAGAUGAAUCCUGCUGACAUCUUAACAAGAGGAGCAAAAGUCAAGGAGUUAUCAGACAACACUCUUUGGUGGAACGGGCCGGAAUUCCUGCUGAAAGAUCAUUCUAAAUGGCCAGAACAGAACUUCGGAGAAGACAAGUCGCCAUCAAAAAACUGCCAGCAGCCAGUAGGGCAAAGGAGACAUGGCGAACUCGAUGCAGAGGAGAUCCACGACGCCGAACAUCAGUUCAUAAGACAAGCCCAGCUGGAGACCUUUCCGGCCGAGUACAAGGCCCUACAGAAGAAUAAAGCUUUACCAGUUGCCAGUAGGAUUCAGGGACUACGGCCGAUGAUCGAUCAAGAUGGUAUCCUCAGGAGCAACGGCAGACUUGAGAAGGCUGAAUUCCUUGCCUAUGAUGUGCGUUACCCUGUGAUACUGCCACGAAAGAGUUGGGUGACAACGCUGAUCAUAAGAUUUCAUCAUGAACAAGCUAACCAUGCAGCCGGAGUCAAUCACAUCUUAGCGUCAUUGUCUGCAAAGUAUUGGAUACCAGCAGGAAGAGAAGCUAUCCGAGAGUUCGAGAAGUCAUGCUACGAAUGCAGAAGAAGAAAAGCUAAAGCAGCAACACAACUGAUGGCGCCACUCCCAAGAGUUAGACUAAGGCUACCACUCCGAGCCUUUGCUCGAACAUCCGUGGAUUUCGGUGGCCCUUACUUGACGAAGCAGGGCCGUGGCAGGAUCCGAACCAAGCGCUACUUAUGCUUGUUUACUUGCUUGCUGUCCAGAGCCGUACACCUCGAAAUGGCGUUUAGCCUUGACACGGACUCGUUCCUGCAUUGUUUCAACCGGAUGAUGAACCGAAGAGGAGUGCCGUUGGAGAUGUACUCGGAUAAUGGUACAAAUUUCGUCAGUGGAGAAAGGGAGCUGCGGGAAUUGGUCGAGCAGUUUGACGAAGACAUGAUUGAGAGACACGGAACAGUCAGAGGGAUCAAGUGGACGUUCAACCCUCCCCUCGGGCCACAUUUUGGAGGAGUCCACGAGAUCAUGAUUAAAGCCGCUAAGAAAGCCACUGCAGCAAUCUUGCGGAACGCCGACAUAAACGAUGAAGAGUUGAUGACUGCCUUUAGUGGUGCAGAAGCCCUCUUAAACUCCAGGCCCCUAACUUACCAGUCCGCAGACGUUAAUGACGACACACCAUUAACCCCGAACCACCUGUUACAUGGUCAAAUUGGUGGUGAGUUCGCACCUGCAGCUGCUGAUAACGUCGCCUACAACCCAAGGAAGAGAUGGCGACAUGUUCAACGAUUGCUGAAGCACUUUUGGGGGCGCUGGAUGAAAGAGUGGCUUCCAAUGCUACAUCCAAGAAGCAAAUGGGCCCAGGAGCGAAAGGACAUUGAAGUUGGCGAUAUCGUUCUUGUCGUCAAUCCAGAUACGAACAGAGGAAAGUGGCCGCUUGGACGUGUGGUCGAAGUAUGUCUUGGCGGAGAUGGCCAUGUCAGGGUGGCCAAGGUGCAGAUCGGGAAACACGUGAUGACGCGUCCUAUCACCAGACUCUGUCCGCUAGAAUGUGCAUAA